GUGGGUUGGAACGCAGCUGCCGGCGGCCGCAAUGCGGCGGGACGUGCGCAUCCUGCUGCUGGGCGAAGCCCAGGUGGGGAAGACGUCGCUGAUCCUGUCUCUGGUGGGCGAGGAGUUCCCCGAGGAGGUCCCUGCCCGCGCGGAGGAGAUCACCAUCCCAGCGGACGUCACCCCGGAGAAGGUGCCCACCCACAUCGUGGAUUACUCAGAAGCCGAGCAGACCGACGAAGAGCUUCAGGAGGAGAUCCACAAGGCAAAUGUGGUAUGUGUGGUGUAUGAUGUGUCUGAGGAGGCCACCAUUGAGAAGAUCCGAACCAAGUGGAUCCCCUUGGUGAAUGGCAGGACCACAGCAGGGCCCAGGUUGCCCAUUAUCCUGGUAGGCAAUAAGUCAGAUCUGCGGCCAGGGAGCACCAUGGAGGCUGUGCUACCCAUCAUGAGCCAGUUUCCUGAGAUAGAGACCUGCGUAGAGUGUUCAGCCAAGCACCUGAGGAAUAUCUCCGAGCUGUUCUACUAUGCCCAGAAGGCCGUUCUUCACCCCACAGCCCCCCUCUAUGACCCUGAGGCCAAGCAGCUAAGACCUGCGUGUACCCAGGCUCUCACACGCAUCUUCAGGCUCUCAGAUCAAGAUCUGGACCAUGUGCUCAGUGAUGAGGAGCUCAAUGCCUUCCAGAAGUCCUGCUUUGGCCACCCUCUGGCCCCACAGGCCUUGGAGGACGUGAAGAGGGUGGUGUGCAAGAAUGUGGCAGGUGGUGUGCGAGACGACCGGCUGACCCUGGAGGGCUUCCUCUUCCUGAACACCCUCUUCAUCCAACGAGGGCGGCAUGAGACCACAUGGACCAUCCUGCGGCGCUUUGGUUAUAGUGACUCACUGGAGCUGACAGCUGACUACCUCUGCCCACCGCUCCUCAUACCCCCUGGCUGCAGCACAGAGCUCAACCACCGAGGCUACCAGUUUGUCCAGUGGGUGUUUGAGAAGCAUGACCAGGACCGUGAUGGUGCCCUCUCACCUGCGGAGCUAGAGACCCUCUUCAGUGUGUUCCCAGUGGCCCCCUGGGGCCCUGAGCUUUCACACACAGUCCCCACUGAAGACAGCCGGCUGACCCUCCAUGGAUACCUCUGCCAGUGGACCCUAGUGACCUACCUGGAUGUCCAGCGCUGCCUUGCGCACCUCGGCUACCUGGGCUACCCUACUCUCUGUGAGCAGGACUCCCAGGUGCAGGCCAUCACAGUCACACGGGAGAAGAAGCUGGACCAGGAGAAGGGCCAGACGCAGCGCAGUGUCCUCAUGUGCAAAGUGGUGGGGGCCCGAGGAGUGGGCAAGUCAGCCUUCCUGCAAGCCUUCCUUGGCCAUAGCCUCAAGGAAGCCAGGGAGCUCCCUGAGGAACCUCCUGCGUAUUCUGUCAACACGGUGCGGGUCAAUGGGCAGGAAAAGUACCUGAUUCUUUGUGAAGUGGCUGCUGACAGCCUGCUCUCCACCUCUCCGGACAUGGCGUGUGACGUCGCCUGCUUAAUGUUUGAUGGCAGUGACCCUAAGUCCUUCGCUUACUGUGCCAGCAUCUAUAAGCAGCGCCAUUACAUGGAUGGGCAAACCCCCUGCCUCUUCAUCUCCUCCAAGGCUGACCUGCCUGAUGGUGCUGCCCCAGCAGGCCUGUCACCUGCUGAGUUCUGCCACAGACACCGGCUGCCUGCUCCCACCCCGUUCACCUGUGCCGGCCCAGCACAGCCCAGCACCGCUGUCUUUACCCGGCUCGCCACCUUGGCCACCUUCCCACACCUGGUCCACACAGAGCUGCACCCUACCUCCUUCUGGUUCCGGGGAAUGCUGGUGGCUGUCGGGGCUGCUGUGGCUGCUGUCCUCAGCUUUUCACUGUACAGGGUCCUGGUGAAGAGUCGAUGAUGAAGGGCCUGAGAACCCUUCCUUUGGGGCAUGGAGCACUGCAGUGCCUUGCCGGGGCUGCACAGGACAGAGUUUGGGCUUUCUGCCAUGCAGGGCGUGAUGGCCAUGUGACCACAAGGUCCCUGGCAUGGAUGUGGGGUCCCUACUCAAGGCCCUUUCUAUCUAAACUGGUUUCCAAAGACUGGCAGGAAUCUGUCCUGCCAUGUCCUGCUGAGGCCGGGGUUAUGGAAGGCAGAUAUGCCAAAUGUACAGCCUCACCUUUGGGGCAUUGUGCAUUGGGGCCUGUAACUUGGGUAAGGAAACCAGUGACCCAGACCUAGAGUUCUCAGGGUGCCGCUACCUUCCUGAUUCUGUGUGGCCAAUAGUUAUGCAGGGGACAGAGGUGGUCAAGUUGGGGAUGACCUAAUUGGUCUGCAGCCCUCAGCUUGCCACCCAGUACAGAUCCUUAUCCUCAUGCUGUACCUACUGCAGAACAAGUGAGACUGGGUUUCCUCAUUAAACUUCACUUGUCUUUUCCA